GUUAUGUCAGUGUCAGUCUGACAUAAUAAUGUCGUGGUAGUUUAUACUUUAUAGUUAUUUCCUAAAUAAUUCCAAACGACAAAAUAAACCAAUUAGCAAGUAAUAAGUGUAUCCAAUGCCGUUAUUUAUAUUUUAUCUUAUCAAAGUCAUUGAAACUUACAUGUCAUACAUAUGAAUUUCACUUGAAAUUCAAGUGUAUGCUUUGGGAGCCAAUCCAAUUUGCAAUGAAAUGUCUGGGAUUUCUGAGGUGACAAUAAGUAUCUUAAAAUAGACAGAUCAAUUACGAAAGUCUACUUGCACUAGAUUAUAGAUACAUUUUCAUAAUAGAUACCAUUAAAUGUAAACUGAGAUGGGAGGUCGAAGCAAAUUUCAAGAGAUAUCAAGAAAUGUAAAAAAAAUGUUGAGCUUUACCUAUUUAAAAGCAUUAUUUCUGAACCCGGCGAAAUUAUCGAUCACGGCCUUUAUUAUAAUUAUUGCAGAGUUAGUACUCAACAUACUGAUUGUAGAGAGAGUACCUUACACAGAAAUUGAUUGGAAAGCCUAUAUGCAAGAAUGUGAAGGAUUCCUAAAUGGUACAUUCGACUAUAGUCAACUUCGAGGAGAUACUGGUCCACUGGUCUACCCCGCUGGAUUUGUUUACAUAUAUUCUACAUUUUAUUUCUUAACAAAUCAAGGACAAAAUAUAAAACUUGCUCAAUAUAUAUUUAUUGGUAUAUAUUUAUUACAAUUACACUUCGUUUUUAAGAUUUACGAAAAGACUAGAAAAGUUCCACCAUAUGUGCUGCUUGUUACAAUUUUAACUUCAUACAGAAUACACUCAAUUCAUGUUUUGAGAUUGUUUAAUGACCCAAUAGCUGUUCUCUUCCUUUACAUUGCUUUAAACUUCUUUUUAGAAUCAAAGUGGAAUUUAGGGAGCAUUUUUUAUAGCCUAGGUGUUUCUAUAAAAAUGAAUAUUAUACUGUAUGCCCCAGCUUUAUUCUUUUUUUAUUUGGUAAAUUUAGGUUUGAAAGACACAAUUAAACAAAUAUUCCUGUGUGGAUUGAUACAACUAUUUCUUGGAUUACCGUUUUUAAUAGUAGCUCCAGUUUCUUACUUGCAUGGUAGUUUUGAUAUUGGUCGUGUUUUUAAUCAUACUUGGACUGUAAAUUAUAGAUUCCUAAAAGUGAAAAUAUUUGAAAAUACAUAUUUCCAUUUAACAUUGUUAGCAAUACAUAUUCUGCUGCUGAUAAUAUUUUUACCUAUGUGUAUACAAUAUUUUAAGAGUUACUGUAGACUGAGAUAUGUUCAGAAACAAGUGCAACCGCAAAUUGAUGCCAAAAAUGUUGAGAAUAAAAGAAAAGCAAGAAUUAUAAAAGAUAAGUUAAAAUUACAAGAGGUAAAUGAAGAAAAGCUAACAAAAGAGCAAGAGGAGUUCUUAAAUUCAUUUGAAUCAAUGCUACAAAAGACAUCAAAUACAAAUUUGAAGAAAAAGAAAGUAGAUGAAAGUGAGAAUAUACAUUACAGCAUUAACUUUGAUGUAAUAUCUCAAUUGUUCAUUUUGCCCAUGUUUCUGACCAACUUUAUUGGAGUAGUUUGUGCGAGGAGUCUUCAUUACCAGUUCUAUUCAUGGUAUUUUCACAGCCUGCCUUAUCUCUUAUGGUCUACCAAUCUGUCUGUUAUUGUGAGAUUUUUGAUCCUAGCUCUAAUUGAAUUCUGUUGGAACACCUAUCCGAGUACCAAUGCAACGAGUGCAAUGCUACAUGUGUGUCAUCUAAUUAUAUUGUACAAUAUUUAUAAGAAGACCUCAGCUGAGUUGAGAGUAGCUUCUAAAGUUGAAUGAUGACAGGCAAAAUAAUUUAAGGACUUUUUAAUAAAUAUAUAAUAAGAUUGUGUUCA